CGUUGUCGCAGUGCGGGCGCUUACACGGAAGAACACACACGUGUCGGUGUGUGCAGCAAAAAUAAGAUGAACAGUGUUUCUGCGUGUACCGAACCCCGGUGACGGUUAAAAAUCAGUUCGUGGCGGUUAAUGUACUGACACUCAGACGGCGGGAAACCUUCGCGCUGUUCGGACGCGCAGAGCGGGAAAGAACUGGACGGACAAAGUUGUCGGUGUUCCGGGCCUGAGGGUUUUCAGCUGAUUCCUGCUUUAGUAAUAUACUGAAGUGGGAUUUAAAAACUCGGAGUGGGGAUUCGUGGAGGUGAUGGCGGACUUCCUGAUCAGCGGACAGACCGGUUACGUUCCUGAGGACGGACUCACCGGACAGCAGCUAUUUAACGGAGGAGAUGGACUCACCUACAAUGACUUUCUUAUUCUGCCGGGUUACAUCGACUUCACUGCAGAACAAGUGGACUUGACCUCGGCGCUCACCAAGCAGAUCACUAUGAAAACUCCCCUCGUCUCCUCCCCCAUGGACACUGUCACCGAGGCCAACAUGGCUGUUGCCAUGGCACUAACAGGAGGCAUCGGCUUCAUCCAUCACAACUGCACACCAGAGUUUCAGGCCAACGAAGUUCGUAAAGUCAAGCGUUACGAGCAGGGUUUCAUCACGGACCCCGUGGUGAUGAGCCCCAAGGAGUGCGUCUGGGACGUCUUCCAGGCCAAAGCGCGCCACGGCUUCUGCGGCAUCCCCAUCACAGACAACGGCAAAAUGGGUGGAAAGCUGGUGGGCAUCAUCUCCUCCAGGGACAUCGACUUCCUGAAGGAGGAGGAUCACGACUUGCCACUUAGUGAGGUGAUGACAAAGCGAGAGGACCUUGUGGUCGCUCCUGCAGGAGUGACACUGAAAGAAGCAAAUGAGAUCCUCCAAAGGAGUAAGAAAGGUAAACUGCCCAUUGUGAAUGAGGAGGGCUUGCUGGUGUCCAUUAUCGCCCGCACAGACCUGAAGAAGAACCGAGACUUCCCUCUGGCCUCCAAAGACUCCCGCAAACAGCUGCUGUGUGGCGCCGCCAUCGGGACUCACGACGACGACAAGUACAGGCUGGACCUGCUGGUGCAGAGCGGCGUGGACGUGAUCGUGCUGGACUCCUCCCAGGGAAACUCCAUCUUCCAGAUCAACAUGAUCAAAUACGUCAAAGAGAAAUAUCCAAACCUGCAGGUCAUCGGAGGAAAUGUGGUGACUGCAUCUCAGGCUAAGAACCUGAUCGAUGCCGGCGUGGACGCACUCAGGGUCGGAAUGGGCAGCGGCUCCAUCUGCAUCACUCAGGAAGUGCUGGCGUGCGGCAGGCCUCAGGCCACAGCGGUUUACAAAGUGUCGGAAUACGCCAGGCGUUUCGGUGUGCCUGUCAUCGCCGACGGCGGCAUCCAGACGGUCGGACACAUUUCCAAAGCGCUGGCACUGGGAGCGUCCACAGUGAUGAUGGGUUCGCUGCUCGCUGCCACCAGCGAAGCUCCAGGAGAAUAUUUCUUCUCAGACGGCAUCAGGCUAAAGAAAUAUCGUGGUAUGGGCUCCCUAGAUGCCAUGGACAAAAACCUGGGCUCCCAGGCCAGAUACUUCAGUGAGAGCGAUAAAAUUAAAGUGGCUCAGGGUGUUUCGGGGGCCGUUCAGGACAAAGGAUCCAUCCAUAAGUUUGUUCCGUACCUGCUGGCUGGGAUUCAGCACUCCUGUCAGGACAUCGGAUCCAAGAGCCUCACGCAGCUCCGAGCCAUGAUGUACUCUGGAGACCUGAAAUUUGAGAAGAGGACAUAUUCUGCUCAGGUGGAGGGCGGAGUCCACAGUCUGCACAGCUACGAGAAACGUCUGUUUUGAGGAGACGGCUGCCGUCCUGCAGAGAGAGGAUUACACAACCCGACUCAUUAUGCAAACAAAGACAGAAGUUUGUCGCGCUCUUACCGGAAUCCAUCGGCCCUUCUGUUGUCAUCUGAGCAUCACGAAGGACAAACAGAGGAGCCGUGUGAUCAGCUCCUCCCACACCUUUUCAUCUUAGUUAAAUAAUGUGUCCUUGUCCGGUUUAAAAAAAAAAAAAAAAUGUCAAAGCUCACACACGCACAUUUUUUUAAGGGGGGGGAGCUUAUGUUGAAUAUAAGUGAAGAGGUUCCUUUAACUGCACACCAGCUCAUACUUAAGCUCAGACCAGUUUGUUUCUUUGGCUUCUGCAGAAGCCUUGAAAAAUGUAGGCAAAGAACAGGAAAAUAAUGUUUGGUUGUAAAAAUACUGUUCAUCCAGGAAAAUGUAAAAAAAUAAUUGGUUCAGGUUUCAAAAAAAAAAAAAAAAAUCAGAUUGAUGUAUCUGUAAAAUGAAUCUGAUUUGACAAAAA